AUGAAGUCGGUUGUUGCCAGCUCGGCGGUCCUGGUGGCCUUGUCGACGCUGCAGUGGACCCACGCCAUCAACAUCUGCAACGCGUUGGUCCCCCACUCGUGGACUCAAGCCGCCUCAACCAACCCAAAACUCCAAGGCGCCCUCAAUGAACUCAGCAAGUAUGCCGUCGCUACGUGGUAUACGGAUCGCUGGGAAGACGCCGUCAACGACCUCCUUCAAAAGUGCUCGGGCACCCAAGUGCCUUCCAUUGUCAUCUACGGCUUGCCCCACAAGGACUGUACCGACGGAUACUCUAGAGACGGCAACAACGAAGACUCAGCGAAGUACAAAACGUGGGUGCAGAGUCUCGUCUCGCGCGUAGGCUCCAGAGAGGUGGUGUACGUGCUGGAACCGGAUGCGAUCGGUCUGCUGUCCAAAGACUACUGCGCCAAGGAAAACAACUACCUAGACAACCUCAAAGUCGCCCUUGGACUCAUUUCGAGCGGCAACCCCAACGCCAAAGUGUACGUGGACGUGGCGACUUGGAGUGAGCGCGACGAAGCCACCAAAGUUCUGAACGACCUCAAGACGGCCGGUCGGCUACACGGAAUCACGAUCAACACGUCCAACUACAAGACCAACGCCCAGCUCAUGUCGUUUUGCAGCACUAUCUCAGGGGCCACGGGGGGGCUCCACUGUGUGUUCGACACAUCUCGCAACUAUCGAGGAUCGGUGGGGGACGAGUGGUGCAACUCGCGGUCGGCGGGCAUCGGUGCCCCCCCAGGCACCAACACUGGCCAUCCGCUCGUGGACUUCAACCUGUGGCUCAAGGUGCCCGGGGAGAGCGACGGCACCUGCAAAGACCGGACCGCCGACGCCCAAGAAGGGCCAACGGCGGGCGAGUUUUUCCUCCAAGGGUUUACUUCGCUCUGGAACAACGGAUACUUUGUCGACGAGCAAGGGCUGCCCAAGAUCGGUGACGUGCGGUCGGUCCCCACGUCAGCUCUGGGCACCGAAGCCCCGAAGGCGACGACGGUCGCUGCACCCAUCACCGCCUCCACAUCUCUACCUACAACAGAGUCGACACCUGCACCACCAGCGACCACAUCGCGUUCUUAUAACGUCGACGACAUUGUUGCUAUUGAUGCGGCGAGUACCGUCGAAGGAGGCCCUUUGUCUCAACCCCCAUCCCCCAUCAUCACCACCACGACACAAUCCAACGAGAUUUCUGUCCAAGCCCAACCCGGGGAAGAAACCAGCUUCACCCCGUCGAUGGUGCUGUUGAUCGCCGCCGUGGCCGUAGCUGGUGUCGUCGCCACCGUCCUGGCGGUUAUUGUCAUCCGCAAGCGCAACAUUCGCGAGAAGUUCAACGACUUCAUCGAACGCGACUCGAGCGGUAUCGUCGUGUUGGGCCAUAGCACCCCCAUGCAUGGCCUCGACACCCAGCGCGCCCUCGCUAUGAUCUAGGAGGGGUUGAGUGUUUAUCGUUUGUUGUGCCCUUAAUUUAUUCACGCGUGGAC